AUGCGAACCCUCUGGCUCCUCGGGGCCGUCCUGCUCGUUAGCGGACUUGCCCGUGCCGAAGAAGAGAAAAAGGAGGAGGAGAAAAAAUACGACACUAUCAUCGGUAUUGAUUUGGGAACGACCUACUCCUGCGUCGGUGUGUUCAAGAACGGUCGUGUGGAAAUCAUCGCCAAUGACCAGGGUAACCGAAUCACUCCGUCCUACGUGGCUUUCACUGGCGAGAAUGGAGAGCGUCUGAUCGGAGACGCCGCCAAGAACCAGCUCACCAUCAACCCCGAGAACACAGUCUUCGACGUGAAGCGUCUCGUCGGCCGCGAUUACAAAGACAAAUCGGUUCAGGAAGAUAUCAAGCUGUGGCCCUUCAAGAUCGUCGACAAGAGCAACAAGCCGUACGUGCAGGUGAAGGUCGGCAAGGAGGACAAGCAGUUCACCCCCGAAGAAAUCUCCGCCAUGGUGCUGAUCAAGAUGAAGGAGAUCGCCGAGAGCUACUUGGGCAAGGAAGUCAAGAACGCCGUCGUCACCGUGCCCGCUUACUUCAACGACGCCCAGCGCCAGGCCACCAAGGACGCCGGAACCAUCGCUGGACUCAACGUUGUCCGUAUCAUCAACGAGCCCACCGCUGCCGCCAUUGCCUACGGACUGGACAAGAAGGAGGGUGAGAGGAACAUCCUUGUCUUCGAUCUCGGAGGUGGUACUUUCGAUGUCUCGAUGCUCACCAUCGACAAUGGCGUUUUCGAGGUGCUCGCGACCAACGGAGAUACUCACUUGGGAGGAGAAGACUUCGACCAGCGCACCAUGGAGUACUUCAUCAAGCUGUACAAGAAGAAGACUGGAAAGGACAUUCGCAAGGAUCACCGUGCCGUCCAGAAGCUCCGCCGCGAGGUCGAGAAGGCCAAGCGAGCCCUGUCCACGCAGCACCAAGUCAAGGUCGAGGUCGAGGCUAUGUUCGACGGAGAAGAUUUCUCGGAAACGCUCACUCGUGCCAAGUUCGAAGAGCUGAACAUGGAUCUGUUCCGCGCCACCCUCAAGCCCGUCCAGAAGGUCCUCGAGGAUUCCGACCUGAAGAAGACUGACGUCCACGAGAUUGUCCUCGUCGGAGGCUCUACCAGAAUCCCCAAGGUCCAGCAGCUCAUCAAAGAAUUCUUCAACGGCAAGGAGCCAUCGCGUGGCAUCAACCCUGAUGAGGCCGUCGCCUAUGGUGCUGCCGUUCAAGGAGGUGUUAUUGCUGGAGACAGCGGAACCGGCGACAUUGUUCUGCUCGACGUCAACCCGCUCACCAUGGGUAUCGAGACCGUUGGAGGAGUGAUGACCAAGCUGAUCCCCAGGAACACUGUUAUCCCGACCAAGAAGAGCCAGGUCUUCUCCACGGCCGCCGACAAUCAGAACACUGUCACCAUCCGCGUCUUCGAAGGUGAACGCCCGAUGACCAAGGACAACCACGAGCUCGGAAAGUUCGACCUCACUGGCAUCCCUCCGGCCCAGCGCGGAAUCCCCCAGAUUGAGGUUACCUUCGAAAUUGACGUCAACGGCAUUCUCCACGUCACCGCUGAAGACAAGGGCACUGGCAACAAGAACAAGAUCACCAUCACCAAUGAUGCCAACAGGCUGUCGCCCGAAGACAUUGAGCGCAUGAUCAAUGAUGCCGAGAAGUUCGCCGAUGAGGACAAGAAGCUGAAGGAGCAGGUCGAAGCCCGCAACGAGCUCGAGUCGUACGCCUACAGCCUGAAGAACCAGAUCGGCGACAAGGAAAAGCUCGGCGGCAAGCUUGACGAUGACGACAAGAAGACGAUCGAGACUGCCGUCGACGAGGCCAUCUCAUGGCUCGACGACAACAAGGAGGCUGGCGUCGAGGAGCUGAAGGAAAAGAAGACCGAGCUCGAGGGCAAGGUGCACCCGAUCGUCUCCAAGCUGUACAAGGACGGCGAGGGUGGCGGUGCUGAAGCUGGCGGAGAAGCCGAGGAGAAGGAUGAAAAGGACGAGUUG